AUGUUCCGGCCGCGACCAAACCCUGUCGACCAAUUCGCAUACCCAUUUGGGUUCAGCGCCGACCAAGAGGCCGAUUUCUCGUACUAUUCACAGCAGCAAUUGCCAAACUCCUUUCUGCUUGCGGCAAUUGGAUGCGACUCGAUUCAGGUCAGCAGACGAGAAGCUGGAAGUGGAGGAAUUCCAGCACAGCAGCAACAGGAGGGACCUUGCACAAACGAGAACACCAUCGCUGCGGAGCCAGGCACAGGUGGGGCAGCUAUCAACCAAAGAGAGGGGGCUACCCUGUCUGGGGUGGCUCCUUCACCUCCCCAUACAACACCAGCAACGGCAGCUGCAGCAGCUGCUCUCCUCGAUCGUCAUCGCUACAGCAGAACCAACCCCACCUCGUCUGCCGUGGUGGUUGGCGAUUUCGACUUUUCGAGCUACCAGCUCCCAAGCCAUCAGCUCAACCGACACAGCCUCCCUCAUUCUCGGCCAUCUUCUCACCAACUAUUGUCAUCGUUGCCAUCGCCCUCCUCGCCCACCACUCACAGCCUCGUUCGCAAUCGGCUGAACGACCCGGAGCUCCUCGCGACCGCUCGUCUUUUGCGGGAGACGACGGUCAUCACCAAAAUGGACGAAGGCGUCGCCGCAACCGACGACCUCGCUGCUCAGGAGGCUGCUGCAAGGGAAUAUCAGCCACAACUUACGGGUCCUCUCGUUGGUUUCAAACAGCCAAGCCAUGCCAUAACCGAAGAAUACGCCAAGGCCGACCCGGUCUACGUGGAGAAGACGAUGGCUCUCCCGAACACGUACUCGCACUAUCGCCCCAUACUUGGCGACGGCAAUUGCGGCUGGAGAGCAAUCGGCUACGCGUACUUUGAGACCCUCAUCCUGACAGCGACUUCUGCUAAGAUUAAGGGGGAGCAUGAGCGUGUCACUUCUCUGAACGACUACAUAUCCAACGUUGGUGGGUAUGGUUCGUAUAUCUGGGAGGACAUGGUGGACGAAACAUUGGCACUUCUCAAGGAAAUUGGCGAUUUCCUUGUCCAAGGAGAUCAAGAAGGCGCCUUGGCUCACCUGCACACCCGCUUUAACCAACCUGAAGUCUCCAGUGCCAUAGUCUAUCACCUUCGCAUGCUGGCUGCCUCGUACCUCAAGGGUCACCCUGGCGAUUACGAGCCAUUCACCAACGGCGGAGUCCAGAAUCACUGCAGCGGUACGAUCGAGCCUAUUGAUCGUGAGAUUGAUCACCUGGGGGUCACCUUGCUUGUCGAGGUUUUAUUGAAGCCGGCGGGGUUUGUUCUCGAGAUUGCAUAUCUGGAUCGCAGUGCCGGUGAGCAAGUUAAUGUCUACCGCUUCCCGGACGAGGCCAACGGCCAGGAUGAAUCGACUUUGGGCCCUGUGAUUCACCUUCUGUUCCGCCCGGAUCAUUAUGACAUCCUCUACAAGCCGGCACCCCAGCCUGUCGACCUGCAGGUAUAUCGCGCCAUGAUUCCCACUGAGAUAGUACCGGAUAUACAACAAAUGAGCCAAUGGGGAAUGGACUCAACUGCCUCCAAUAUCAACUAUGACGUUCUCAGCAUGAUUCCGGGGUUCGACUUGAAUCCUAAAGGGGGUCAGCGUCAGCAGGAAUUGAUGAAUGCCCCAUCUUACAGUCAGCGUCCAGACCCAGCCGCGUCAUGGACGCCGUCGCCAACGUCCUACACGCAACAAAUGACACCGCCAGCUCCAUCUCCAGCCUUGUCGGUUACCUAUGCUUCCCAACGAAGCCGUCAACAGUCUCUUCACGAAGUUCCACCACAAUCGUACGUUGCCGUGCAGCACCAUCUCCAGCACCACCAUCAAUACCAUGACCCGCCGCAGCACCAAGAGCAGCAGCACCCAAUACGGUUUAGCACGCACUGUUGGCCUACAGCACAAUCGAAUGCGUUUUCAGACUUCCCUGUGGCAAAGGAAGAGCAGACUUUGCAGACGGCGACUAUGCAAAACAGCCCGCUGAAUACGAUACAUUUCAAUAACCCCAAUUUCCAGCCUCAAGAGUACAAGCCCGGAGACGAAGGGUCGCCAAAAGCAAUGGCAAACAAGAGAAAGGGCGAGCAAUCUGCCAAGAAGGCGAAGAAGCUUGCCGCGCCCGAUCACAAGGCCAUGGAGCGUAAUUGGAAGCCAAUGUCACUCUGA